AUGAUGACGAGAACAGAAGAUUCCUCAGAUGAAUGGGAAAGUGAGAUUAUGGUGGUGGAAAUUAAUGGCGUCCUAGAUGCAAGGACGAUACGUCAGGCUGUUGCCACCAAGCAAAUCACAUUACGCAGGCCUGAAACAGACAAUCCACUUCUACAGGUACUGGCAGCCAGUGACAAAAUGCUCAAGACUGAGAAAGCGUUGAUGACAGCCGUCGCAGCGUCUGCAGUGCAGAUGAACACAGAUCAUAUGGAAAAGGACAGACCUCCGCAACGCCAAUGUAAAAAGUGA